GGGCUUGAGCCAUGUUUCCUAGGCUUUUAAACAAUCAACAUAUUAUUUUCUUUUCAUUUUAUUCAUUUAUUCUUCUAGUCCCCCUAACCUGCUUCAUAGAAUAUCACACCAAAAAACUAACUCCAGGCCUUGUCCCCUAAACUUAACAAACCACCGAGAAUGAUUCUAUUCCUUUUUCCUUAGAACUCAUUAGAGACAAACCAUUUUCGUCACCACUUUGUUGUGCGCUGUCAUUGAAAGAUUGAAGCUUGUUGUGCAAAAGGGUAUGUCUGUGAUAGGGGCGUAUUCACAUUUUCUCUACGGAGAGGUUUAUCAGAAGGAUCAACAGUGCCCACAGUACUUGGUGAGUGGGAGGGGAUAUUUGUUUUCUCACAAGAGUAGUUGUGGGAGCAUAUGGGUUGGAAGCAGAAAGAGUGAAGGUAAAAUUAAAAGGAGGAAUUUGCGUGUGGAAGCUAUGUGGCCUGAUUUGUCAAGACCGAAUGAGUUAGAGAUGGAAGAGAUUAGUGAUUCUGAGCAGCUUGAUCAAAUUCUUGUUCAUGCCCAACAGAACUCACAGCCUAUCCUCAUUGAUUGGAUGGCUACUUGGUGCCGGAAAUGCAUCUAUUUGAAGCCCAAGUUGGAAAAAUUAGCCCCUGAAUAUCACAACAAAGCCAAAUUUUAUUUCGUGGAUGUGAAUAAAGUACCUCAGACUCUAGUCAAGCGUGGCAACAUAUCUAAAAUGCCAACAAUUCAGCUGUGGAAAGAUGGAGAGAUGAAAGCAGAAGUCAUUGGAGGCCAUAAGGCCUGGCUAGUUAUGGAAGAAGUCAGAGAAAUGAUCCAAAAGUAUUUAUGAUCCAAAAGUAUUUUUUUUUUCUUCAACUUUUUCAUAUUGGCGACCGCAUUUAGCUGUGUAUCAUAUAUAUGGAACUGUGUACAAUAGCUGAAAGAAAUUUAAGUGGAAAAGGAAGAUGCUCACUGUUUCUCCCUCCCUCUCAACCAUUAGAGGAACAAGAUUUUCAUACCAGAUAACAAUUGUUUUCGCUCAAUCACACAAAGAGAUUAUUA